UUAAUUGUAUAAUUCGACGAGUUGUUGAUUUUUAACAAAAUUAUCUACAGGAAAAGCUAAAUGCUGCCCUGCGAUUUGCCGUAAAAAUAUUCCAAACAUAGCAUAAGGAUAAUAAACGAUUCAUAUGAUCAGUGAUGCAGUAAAUAGGUGUUCCUUAUCAUAAUCAUGUCUACUGAACCUCUGCCAAAGGAGUUCGAGAAGACCACAGAAGUAUUGCCUUUCACCAAGUAUGGAUUGCAAUCUUUUAAAGAGUUCAAACAAGCAGAAAAAGAUUUACAAAACCUAGAAUGUCUGAAAAAGAUUGGAUUGACUAGUGAAGAAAUAAAGCUAUAUCAGGACAAUGAAGCUGGCCUCCUAGAUCAACGCAAGAAAGUGGAAUGCUCAGUGCUGAAGAGCAAGUUGGACAGUAUUUACAAUAGGAUAAAUGAAUCUCAAAAUGAGGCAGGAAGCUCUAAACAAGAAGAACCAUGCUCUUCAAAAGACACUGAUAUAUUUGAAAGGUUACAAAAGCAACCCAUCACAUUCUAUCCUGAAGGACACCCUAUGAAUGAGAUAAAAGAAUUAGAAGAAAAUCUCUUUGGACAUUUGAAAACGGACAUUAUUCCCAUUACAAAGAGAAGGAAAAUUCUUCGACAUCUAGAGAGGAGAAAAGAAAGAAUUUUGGCUCAAGAAAAACAGUUGAUACCAACUAUAGACCACUCUUCUAAAGUUGCUAAAUCAGGUAGUUUAUGGGAUGUAAAGGAAUUGCCUACUAGAUCUCAGCAAUCUGCUGAAAAAGAAAAGCAAGUCAUGGGACCAAAACAGCGACAAAUGUAUACCAUUAAAGAUAAUAAAAUUGUGAGAUUAGAACCAGUUAAUGUUGAAGAAAGAAUGCAUGAAAAUAAUGUGGUAAAUAAUGGUAUAGAACAGCAAGAAUUCAGAGCUGUUGAUAUAGUAAUACCAGUCAAUGGGGCUGAGGAACAGUUGCUAGAAGGAACUAAAAUGAGUGUUGAUGACAUAAGGACCAUAGAGAGAUUCAAAGACUAUGAACCUGGGAUUCCUUCUAAGGUCCUGUACCUCAAGAACAUAGCACCGUCAGUCGGUCAGGAACAGCUGUCUCUCUUAUUCAACCAGUUCCAAUUGGAGAAUGGGGGUCCGAUUGACGUGCGGUUGAUGACAGGCCGUAUGAGGGGACAGGCGUUCGUCUCAUUCCAUUCUGAAGAUCUGGCGAUACGCGCACUGGAAGAAGUGAACGGUACUAUACUGAGCGGCCGGCCCGUCAUAGUAGAGUUCGGUAGAAACAGCAAUCGCAUUCAAGACGAUAACAGAUAGACUGUGUAAA